CAUCAGGCUUCCUCAGUUUUUUAAUCAGACUCAGGCUGUGACCGCGUAGUCACAGAAAUCCUCAGGUGAUUAAAGCGGGUCCAACUUUCCCACAGCUUUCUCUCCGGGGAGAUCUGAGGAUCACAGAGGGACAAGAUGUUGAGGCGAAGGCCGUCAAAUGCCUCAGAGAAGGAGCAGGUGCAGAAGAAGAAGCUCACCCUGCAGAGGUCCAGCAGCUUCAAGGAUUUCAUGAAGCCCAAGCCUACCUCUCCUGUUGUGUCAGAGAAGGAGUUCAGCUUGGAGGAGAAUGUAGCAGAUGGUGUGACUGCAGAGGAAGCAGUGAAAAGUGGCAGCAAACUGGGGAAGAAAUGGCGCAAUGUCAUUUCACGCACCAUGACCCGCAAAACGUCCAAGAUGGUGCAGAAGGCUUUAGCUGAAGAAGGGGGGGAGAGCGGUGAAGAGCUGUCUCCUGUCUCCUCCGACUGGCUUCCAGAUCUGAGUGCAGGCCAGAGGACGUCGGUGUGCUCCACAGGCUCGGAGGACACCAUGCCCAGCCCCAUCAGCCGCCAGCUCUCUGGCAACAGCGACAGACAGAGCCUGGACAGUGGAUACAGCCAGAGGGACAGCAUGCGACUGGAGGAGAACGGCAUUGCUUACAACGGCCCGUUCUGCGGCCGCGCUGUGGUCCACACCGACUUCACCCCCAGCCCCUACGAUGUGGAUUCGCUAAAACUCCAAAAAGGGGACAUCAUCCACAUCAUCGAGAAGCCCCCCGUGGGCACCUGGACCGGGAAGCUCAACAACAAGGUGGGCUCCUUUAAGUUCAUUUAUGUGAACCUCCUGCCCGACGAAAGCCCCCCGACCAGGAGGAAACGCUGCAGCAGAAAAGCCAACCGAGCCAAAUCCAAACCCAAAACCCUGGAGGAAGUCCUGGACAGCAUCGGCCUGAUGGAGCUGAGUUCUUUGCUGUCCAUGCAUGGUUUCCAGACUCUGGAGGACUUUGCAGGGCUGAAAGAGUCUCACCUGAAUGAGCUGAACAUCACAGACCCAGAGCAGCGCUCCAAGAUCCUGAACGCCACUGAGCUGUUGAGAGACUCUGAAGACGAGUCAGAGCCAGAAGAGGAGGAGGAGGAGAAGGAGAAGGAGGAAACAUCUGGGGAGGAUGCCAAGGAGCCGCGGGAUUCGGGUUGUUUUGAGAGCUCAGAGAAUCUGGAGAGUGUACGCGAGGAGCCAAAGAUGGAGGAAGAGGUAGAGAACCAUGAGCCGGAGUCCGAGCAGCCACAAGAGAGCCAGACGGAGCAGCUGGAGAAUGUGCAGGAGCAGCUGCAGGAGCUGACAGUGGACGAAGGAUCUUGAGACGUGAUGGACAACUUGUCAAACUUCUCUUACUCCUGGUCCUCUGGGUUUCUGUGGAUGCAGAUUUAAUCCCACUGAAAUAUCUCUUCGUGGUAGAAGAGCAGACUGUAUGAACACAAUAGUCACAUAGCCAUGGACUGUUCAGCAAGUGGCACAGUUUUGGUUUUUUUUUAUCUGUCCUAGCUGGACACAUUAUUUUAAAUGAAUGUUUUUUUGUAUUGUAUUGUUUGAUUUAUAAAGUUGUUUGUCAUCAUUUAUCAUAAUGUAUCUGAGCAUAAUGGUACAUAUUAAAACCAUUUUUAUGGGACUUAGUCUCUGAGACUACGUCUAAGAAUGUAAAAUACUUAAAUGUAACUUGAAUACAACUGCUGCAAGUUAUAAUGUAUAUUACAGCAGUUUUUUCAUGCUAUU